AUGCAUCCAGCUCACAACUACCGUCACUCCCGGAGAUCGGCUUGCGAUCGUUGCCGGGGACAGAAGCUGCGGUGUGAGCGUGUCAACAUAAAUGGCAUGUCUUGCGAGCGUUGUCUCAAGGCACAGGAAGUAUGCAUCACAAGCGUGAAUCAUCCGGCAACCGCUCUAUCGUCGAACCCCAGCCAAGAUCUUGUUUCCAACCGGCACAAAAGCCCUGGGUUCCUUGAUCGCCAUGACUCCAUGGGGUUGCUUCACAAACCCUUUACCCCUACUGCGGUUGAAUCGGUACAUCCAUCUACAUCAGCGCGGGGGAUGUAUUACCAAAAGAUGCAUAGCUACUGGGACGAACCAGCCGAGCUGCAGACAGUCCCAGAAGGCAACUUCUUCUUGCCCCCUAGUGAAGCUGACUUCACGAUUCCCCUUGAUACCGGGAGCCUCCCAGCACCGCCGCAGAUCUGGGGAGACUGGAAUUCUCACUGGCCCGCCGGGCCUUACAACUAUGCAAGUGGCUACCCUGAAGGCUUCAUUCAAGACCAAAUGUACGAGGCACCAAAUGUCAACGCACCAGCUUUGAGCGAAGACCUCUGGUGGGAUGAGAAUAUUUACAAGGAAGUACCGACAGGAGCACCCGUGGAAGACCAGCUACUUGAAUGUACGGAACCCGUCCCGGUUGCUACCUCGAGAAAUGUGUCCGACUUCGACUGGUCGAGUCAUGCCGAUAUCACGAACGUCGAGGAUCCGCUUCAGCAGCAAACAUAUCACCACAGAGCUCCUUCGCAGCAAGAUGUUCGCAAAGCUUUACUGAAGCUUAAAGCAGAACUUAUUCACGAACUGGACGUCCUCGACGACGUUUCUGACAACUUCAUACCCUCUUCCUAUGGCCCUGACAGUUGUGGACCUGCACUGGAAACACUGAACCUUCCGAUACCUCGCCUGCUUGACCAUUCCUCCUGGCUUUUGGAGAUUGUUCAAUCCUUGCGUGGCGUGAGUGACAGACCCAAUGAGAGAUUUGGAUCACUCCAGACCCAGAGUUAUCGAUUCGAAGGUUCAGUGACCAACCAUUCGGAUUCCAGUGACAAUGGCUCAGACGAGGGCGCAACCACCACACCAUCUACUGAUUUUGAAUAUCAAACGACGAUGACUUCCCCUAGUCACACAACACACACAUCGUACGACAUCACGCUGUGGCUCAGUGUUCUUGAAGCCCAUUGUUAUCUGACACGUAUCUAUCGUGCUGUAUUCACUCGUCUGUAUCAACUAUUCCUUAUCAUCCCCCCAGCCGAAGCAAAUGGCAUUUUACUAUUGCCAGAGCUACGUCGUGGAACAGUUCAAUUGGAUGGAGAUCUUGCCAGCCAAGUACAAAGACUUGUUGAGAUUGGCGCCACAAUGAUGGGAAAUAUCGAAGCCGCACUUGGGCUCUGCUCUGGUUACAACCAAGUGCAUGGUACAGGGGAGCUCAAAACGGCUGAAGCGCCGCAUGAGAACAAUUGGUCGUCAUCUAUUCGUGACUGUGUAUUUGCACAAGAACAAGACCCAUGCGAAAUGCCCCUAGUGGAGAUUAUGAAGUGUUUACGCCAGCUUGUCAGAGCUACAGUGGUUCCUUGA